AUGGCCCAAUUGAUUCCUUCAUUUUUUUUUGUAAAAAUUGUUUAUUCGAGAUGCAGAUCAGAUGGAUCACCGCUACUUUCUAUACCAAUCCAUUCACCUUCUUUUCGGCAAGUUGUUUCUUCAAGCGCUCCAACUAGCAGUUUAGAUAUGGACACUAUCGUGCGCUGUAAUCAAGAUUCGUCUAAUGAACCUGAAUUUUGCAGAGAUCGUCGCAAGAAGGAUAUACACAAUAUGAUUGAAAGGAGGCGUCGGUAUAAUAUAAAUGAUCGAAUUAAAGAAUUAGGCCUCAUGUUGCCAAAACAUUCAGCAGAAGAAAUGAAAUUAAAUAAAGGUACCAUUUUAAAAGCUUCUUGUGAUUAUAUACGGCAACUUCAAAAUGAUCGUGAUUUAAUGCUGAAACAGCAGCAAGAAGUAUCUGAAUUAAAAGAAGCACUCCAGUUCUACGGAAAGCGUGUUAAAGAACUUGAGGAUUGUCUGUUAAAAAAUGGUAUACCUAUACCUCCUCCAUCAUCUACUUUACCAAUUUCAUUUCUUUCGGCAACAAACUCAUUGGAAUGUCGCACAAUCAAGCAGGAACCUUUUGAUGAUCUUCCUCCAUCACCAUCUAAUGCACCACAAGGCUUUGGAUCUGGUAUUUAUCUUUCGCAUUUGUCUGAAACGACAGCAGCAAUGAGAAUUGCAAGUCCUAUCAAUUUUCAGAAUUCGCAUUUGGCAAAAGAUCGCUACGACAAUAAUUAUUUUAGGUUAAAUUCAUUUAUACUUAAUGUGCCACUGUGUGGUCAAAUGUCGCCAGAAAUUAAAUGGGAUCAAUCUGGUUUUUCACCGGAUGAUCAGCGCAACCAGUCAAGUGGUUUCAACUCUUAUCAGUCUUCAAGCAUGGAUUUUUCUUAA